AUGACGUCUGGGGCGGCCAGGGCGGCGGCCGAGGCCGCGGCGGCGGACGGCGGGCUGGGGCGGACGCCCACCUGGAAGGAGCGCGAGAACAACAAGCGGCGCGAGCGGCGGCGCCGGGCCAUCGCCGCCAAGAUCUUCACGGGGCUCCGGGCCAUGGGCAACUACAAGCUCCCCAAGCACUGCGACAACAACGAGGUGCUCAAGGAGCUCUGCCGCGAGGCCGGCUGGGUCGUCGAGGACGACGGCACCACCUACCGCAAGGGAUACAAGCCGCCGCCGUCGUCCGGCCCGUUCAGCGGGGUCUCGUCGGCGGGCAUGAGCCCCUGCUCGUCCUCGCAGCUGCUCAGCGCGCCCUCCUCCUCCUUCCCGAGCCCCGUUCCCUCCUACCACGCGAGCCCGGCGUCGUCGAGCUUCCCGAGCCCCACCCGCCUCGACAGCCAGAGCUCCGCCUGCCUGCUCCCGUUCCUCCGCGGCCUCCCCAACCUGCCCGCGCUCCGCGUCUCCAGCAGCGCGCCGGUCACGCCGCCGCUCUCGUCGCCGACGGCGUCGCGCCCGCCCAAGAUCCAGAAGCCGGACUGGGACGUCGACCCGUUCCGCCACCCCUUCUUCGCGCUCUCCGCGCCCGCCAGCCCCACCCGCGGCCGCCGGUACGAGCACCCGGACACCAUCCCCGAGUGCGACGAGUCGGACGUCUCCACCGUCGACUCCGGCCGCUGGAUCAGCUUCCAGAUGGCCACCACGGCGCCCACGUCGCCCGCGUACAACCUCGUCAACAUCAACCGAGCCGCCUCGGGGUCCAACUCCAACUCCAUGGAGAUCGAGGGAAUGACGGCGGGGGAGAUCAGGGGCCGAAGCGGCGGCCCGGAGUUCGAGUUCGAUAAGAGGAUUGUCACGCCGUGGGAAGGGGAGAGGAUCCACGAGGUCGCCGCCGAGGAGCUCGAGCUCACGCUUGGCGUCGGCUCCAAGUGAAAACCCAUCGCCGAGCAAUGGUGUCAGAUCCUGCCGGCCACGGAGGCCAUCAACAAAAAGAUCAUGGCUGCUGUUCGAUCAGCUGGGAAUGCUGCAAAUUCGAGAAAAGAAGAAGCUGGGAGUGCUGCGAUCUGGGCAUUCGUUUGUUCGUUGUAGGUUUAGGCAAUGAACCUGUUGUUCGAUUCCUCAGAGCAAGAGUAGAGGGAUCAGAAACAAUUGUUCAUCUCAAUCGACUGGGAUUGUUUCAUUAUUCAUGGAUAUGUAGCUAGCUCUAGCUUAAUUCUUUCUUCUUUGUGUACGUUCUUGGCAUGCAUGUGUGUGCCCUCAAAAUGUGUGAGCUCAUGUGGAGAAAAGUCGAGUAGCAGAGGUAAAAGUUUUAUGUAGUUGAGCUUUA